AUGAAGUGUGUUGUUCUCACAAGCUCAGGAAGUAUCCCCGUAGUUCUCGAUGGACCUCUGGACCCCAGGUUUGUGGAUUGGAAGAAAACCGACUAUGAGUUGUUCCGUGACCAUCUACCAGAGACUUGUGACGAUCUAUUUGAGGAUGCUCAAGGUGACGAGAUUUUCGAGCUGUCCUCGAGCAGUGUAGCCGGCAUCAUCAUGCCUGCGCGCAAGACCAAAGGAGUGCCAAUGGAGAAGGAACCGGAGGAGGAGGAGGAGGUCGUUGAACCCCCUACAGAAGUUACGGAUAAGAAGAAGCCGAAGAAGCCUGCUAGCAGUGGCAGUGGUCUUGCCGAAUCCCUGAGGCGAGGUGUAGCCUUGGCUAAGCUACGAAAGACGAUGGAUGUUCCUUGCAAGCCAGGUGAACUCAUCCCUGAGUGCACCAUGCUGCUGGAAGAUGGAUCGUGUGAUCUCACAAUCAAAGAUUUGAUGGUGAAUGAUUCUCUUUCCUAUGAGGAUGCCAUUCGUGUGAUGAUACAGCUUAGAGCUGAGGCUGAGCCUUCCACUGCUCCAAACACCAACCCUUGUCCUGACAAGUCCAAGCCUAAGACCAACAGCACGAAACCCAAAGCUGAUACCGAAGUGCCUGCUGCUGGGAAGAAUGGGGUAAAGGAUUCAGGUGAGGCUGAGGAGGUCUUGCAGCUUCCUUCCUUGAAGGGAGGGUCUAAGCAGAAGAAAGACAAGAACAACAAGAAGGGAAAGGUGGAGGAGAAGGCCCUGGAGCCCCAGGCUGGAGAGGUGCCACAUGAGAAAUCCAAGGGAAUGAUUGCACGAGCCCCCCAGGAUGAAAAGGUGCCAGAUGUCACGCCAAAGGGAAAGGCCAAGCGGAAGGAGAAGGCCAUGGAGCCCCAGGAUGGAGAGGUGCCACAGGUCCCACCGAAGGGAAAAGCCGCUCCAAAGGAGACACAUCCCACAUCGAAGGGACAAGCUGGAAAGGCCAAAAAGGGGAAAAAAGCACUGGAGCCCGAGGUUGGAGAGGUGCCGCAUCCCACCCCAAAGGGAAAGGCGAACAAGGCCAAGAGGGGGGAGAAGGCACUGGAUCCCGAGGUUGGAGAGGUGCCACAUCCCACACCGAAUGGAAAAGCGGGAAAGGCCAAGAGGGAGGAGAAGGCACUCGAGCCCCAGGUUGGAGAGGUGCCACAUCCGAAGAGGAAGGCCAAGCGAGGAGAGGAUGCAUGCAACGAAAAACCUGCAAAGGAGGAGGGUGGCAAGAAGCGCGCGGCACAGGCGAAGGAACCCACUGCAAGCAAGAAAGCCAAGACAAACAAGAAAGCUUCGGAGGAGCCACGUGACAAGGACCAGGAGGAGCCACGUGACAAGGACCAGGAGGAGCCACAUGAGAAGGACCAGGAGGAGCCACAUGACAAGGACCAGGAGGAGCCACGUGACAAGGACCAGGAGGAGCCACAUGACAAGGACCACACGCUGGAGGGUGAGACCGCGGAUUGUGAUGGGCUGAGUGACCAUCUCGAGAAGCUUCUUCAGGAGAUGGAUGAUGAUGCCCCUGCUCCUGCUGAGCCUGCUGAGCCUGCUGUGCCAACCCAUCGAGUGCGAAUCAAGCGCAGCGAUGCUGCCAUUUUUGGCUCCCCAGAUGCAAAGGCCCAUUCCGAGCCCUCAACAAGUGAGUCCAAAGCAGCAAGAAAGCAAGCAAAGAAGGAGGCAAGGAAGGCCGAGAAGAAGGCAAGGAAGGAGAUUGCAAGAAACAAGCGGGCGGAGGAAAAGGCCACCCACGAUGAGACGUGUGCGGAGAAAGAAUCCCAGGAGGAACCUGGGCCAAAGGAGGUCUCGAGGUCAAUGAAGGAGCCCGAGGAGACCAUGCCAGGGAAAGCAAAUGCAAAGGCAAAGGAGACCGAUCGACCCCAGAAGGCCCCCGAACGCGAGCGAGAGUGGUCCCAGGAUCGUCAGCCAGACACGCAGGACGGUGGCUGGUAUCCUAGUUGCAACAU